UACACUUUCUAUAAAUACCACUCUCAUCUUCCAUUCUUCUCACACAUCUAUUAAUAUCUCUAAAGGUCAAACCAAACCCAAAGUCAACAGAAUGAAUUACUUUAUCUUCUCAUCAGCCACCAUCCUCCUCCUCUUCUUUCUCUCCCUUCACACCACCACCGCGGCUAACCCGGCUGUCCUCGACAUCGAUGGCCACCCCGUUCGUCCUAAUUCCCCUUACUAUAUCCUCCCGGUUGUCCGAGGCCGAGGUGGAGGCUUGACAGUUGAACCAAAGAACAUCACUGAGCUGUGUCCUCUCGCCGCAGCUCAAGAAACCCGAGAACUCAACAAUGGAAUACCUCUAAAGUUGCACUCGGUCAACCCUAAAGACAAAAGAGUUUUUGUCUCCACUGACCUUAACAUUGUCUUCGAUGCCGUCCCCCUUUGUGUGCCCUCCGGCCCGUCGUUUAUCUGGCAGUUAGCCAUCGACGAGGAGACCGGGAGGCGGUACGUAGGAUUUGGAGGACAGAUCGGGAAUCCGGGUGUCGAAACGGUUAGUAAUUGGUUUAAGAUAGAGAAGGCUGGAAGUGGUACAUAUGAUUAUAAGAUAGUGUUUUGCCCUAGUGUUUGUAACUUUUGUAAGGUGAUGUGUGGAGAUAUUGGUGUUUUUGUUGACAAUGAUGGGAGGAGAUUAUUGGAUCUUAAUGAUCAACCGCUAUUGGUCAAUUUCAAGAAAGCUUAGGAAAAAAAGAUUAACGACACAAUAUCGAUCAGAGAAAAAGAUUAUAAUAGUUACAAAAUAUAGUAGCUACAAAAUUAUUGUAGCUAUUUUACGUAAAACUAUCCUAUUAACAACAUGAACGAUCUUGUAAAGUUACUGAAUGUUUGGGUUGGAGUAUAUGAGUGAUUUUUUUGUUAUUGGAUUUUGUAUAGUUUUGGAUUUUUUUGUAAAGUAUAUAUGGGAUAUGUUAUAUGAUAUUGUAAUAAUAUUACUAAUAUGAAUAGUACUGUUGAAUCUUAGAAUAUA